AUGUCCCUUCAGGUCACCGUUUUCAUCGACGAAGAAAACGUAUCCGAAUCCUUCGAGGAAUUUCUUCCCGUCUACGGAAAGGUUAUUUCUGAACCCGAGUGCACGUUUUUCGAAGUCUACCAGUCCCUUGAGAAUCCAGGGGAGUUGUUGUGGGUGGAAAAUUGGUCUCAGCCGUUGGAUUGGUUGAAAGAGGUUCAGCUGAAGAAGGAAUACUACGAGAGGUAUAUCCGCGUCACCGAGCCAAUGUUUAUUAAGCCGCGGAUGAUCAAAGUCCUCAAGCGCCUGGGCGCUCCUUACACCAUGGUCAAGAAGGAGAACGGCGGGGUUCGUGUUUAG